AAGUAACAAGAAGCAAAUACGAACUCCACGAAACAAUAAUUUCAACUAAAGAAGCUUUAAAACAUGAACAAACACUUAACAGAGCACAUUUAACAUACGAACAAAUAGAAGUAACAAAAAGAACUAAUAAAAAGAUAAUAAAUAAUCCAAGACUUUACCGAAGUACUGAAGAAGAUACUGCCGAAGUAAUAGGACUUUCAGAAGAAUAUCCUUACCAAGAAAUAUUCUUUAGAAAUAUAGAACACGAAAACCUUUACGAAAAAACCAGAAAUAAAGAAUCAAUAAACCUCUAA